AUGGCGCACCUCUUUCGAACGACGGCCUUUGGCGCCACGGCACGAGCGAUAUCCGGCGACCGACUCCUGGCAUUCCCAACCGACAAGCACAAAUAUUUGGAGAGUCAAACCUCAAACUCAUCGCAGGGUGAUGAUCAGAGUUUGGUGGUUGUUGGAUGCAUGUAUACGUUUACAAUCUACUGCGGAUCCUCCAUCUAUGUCCCUAGCACCGAACAGGUUACGGAGUCUUUUGGAGUUUCGGAAACUGUCGCGUCACUGGGUCUGGCUCUAUAUGUCCUUGGCUAUGGGCUUGGCCCGUUGCUAUUCUCGCCCUUAAGCGAGAUGCCCUACAUCGGUCGAAAUCCCAUCUACAUAAUCACCUUUGCCAUAUUUAUAAUUCUUUCCGUCGCUGCAGCUUUGUGUCAAACAUUUGCUGGUUUCCUUGUUGUCAGGUUCCUCCAGGGCUUCUUUGGUAGCCCAUGCCUGGCAACUGGAGCUGCAACCUUGACUGACAUGUUCUCGGUUAUCUACAUUCCCUACAGUCUUGCGGCAUGGUCUGGCGCAAUGUAUUGUGGCCCUGCGCUGGGACCUUUGCUCUCUGGAUUCUCUGUCACUGCAAAGAGUUGGCGAUGGUCAAUGUGGGAGCUCCUCUGGCUCUCUGGCUUCAUGUUCAUCCCGCUCUUCUUCUUCCUGCCUGAAACCUCGACACCCACACUCCUGCACUAUAAGGCCAAGCGUCUUCGAAAGGAAACGAACUCUACGAGAUAUGUCUCAGAAGCCAUGAGCUCCAACGGUAUCUCUCGCAAGGAUAUUGCCAAGAUGGCCUUGAUAAAGCCGUUUGAAAUCACUCUCAAGGAUCCAGCCAUCGCUUUUGUCAAUAUUUACACUUCCUUCACAUACGGCAUCUAUUACUCCUUCUUCGAAGUCUUUCCUCUCGUGUACCCAAAGAUAUACGGCAUGAACCUCGGCGAGUCAAGCGCAGUCUUCGUCUGUGUCCUCAUAGCUUGCCUUCUAGGCGCUUUCCAAUACUGCUCAUGGUACCGCAUCUUCACCGAAAAGCGCUUCAAAAAGCUAGGCACUUUUGAUUCCCCAGAGACAUACCUACGCCCCGGACUUGGUGGAGUCUUUGGUGUCACGGCUGGCAUGUUCCUAUUCGGCUGGGCUGCUCGAGACUCUAUCCAUUGGGUUGUUCCCACCAUCGGCAUUGUCAUGUAUUGUGGAUGCGGAUUUGUUGUUGGAAUCGGCAUCUUUAUAUACUUGCCGCUAAGUUAUCCGCAGUACGCAGCCAGUCUCUUUGCCGCGAACGAUGCAAUGAGGAGCUCAUUUGCUGCUGCCGCUAUCCUCUUCGGGAGACCGCUGUAUAUCAACAUGGGUGUUGCAAAGGGGUGCAGCCUGCUGGGUGGCUUGAGUGUGUUUGGAGUGAUUGGCUUCUGGUACUUGUUCGUCUAUGGCGAAAAGCUUCGCAAGAAGAGUCGAUUCACUGUCCACGACGAGAGCCAAGAUGCUUCGUAA